GUAAGCGAGGAGAACAAUGGCAGCGGCAGCGAUGGCGGUCGAUUUGCGGUCGGAGGAGGGUCAAACGUGGUUGCUGCAGUGUCUGCAAGCAGCACUUGCCGCAGAUGCAUCCUCGAGGGUCAGCGCGGAGGAGGCCCUUCGGACAGCUGGACGACAACCUGGCUUUGGAGUUGCGUUGUCGAAGGUCGUCCUCUCGGCGGAAAUCCCCUAUGGGGUGCGACAAUUGGCGGCUGUUGUUCUGAAGCAGUUUGUGAAGGAAGCAUGGAAGAUUGAUAGUUCCGAGAGUGACAAGAAGCCCAUGCAAGGGAAUCAAUGCUUUGUCGCCCAUCCAGAGGACAAGGCAUUCAUCAAGGAGUUUUUACCAAACGCGCUUGGCGAUCCCGAGGGAAAGAUCCGUACUGCGGUGGGGAUUGUGAUUGCAACGAUUGCGCAGAAGGACUGGCCGGAAGAAUGGCCCGGGCUGAUGGAAUUUCUCCUCCAUUGCAUCCGCGACCACUCGUCAGUUGAAAGACUCCAUGGCGCGUUGCGGUGCUUAUCGCUGUUCGCGGAUGAGAUAGACGACUCACAAAUGCCGUCGCUUGUGCCCGUCCUCUUCCCGGAGCUGUUCAAGAUCUUCUCUUCUCCAGAUGUGUACGGAGUCUCCGUACACAGGCUAGCGCUUGUGGUCCUGCAUAGCUGCAUCUCCACCUUGGGCAUCAUGAGCGGUGCUUUUCAGAACGAGACAAAGGCGCUGAUGUCGCCCAUGCUCAAGUCCUGGAUGGAAUACUUCAGCGCUGUUUUGUCGCGUCCAACGACGGCCCAGAAUGCCGAUGACUGGAGCCUGAAAAUGUGGGUGUUGAAGGUGCUCAUGCAAGUGGUGGUCAACUUCCCGAAGCUGGCGGCGGCACACGUGCAAAUCGUGCUCCACCCGCUGUGGCAGCUGUUUGUCGGAUGUGCGGCUGUCUAUGACGAAGCGGCGGGCGCCGAAUCGCCGGUUGACCUCGUCGACUCCGAUGGCGAUGAACUUAGUCUUGAAGCGCUGAUUAUUCAGAUGUUUGAAUUCCUCAUCUCGCUUGUCGGACAACCUCGGUUCCGCAAAGUAGUUGCGGGGAGCGUGAGUGAUCUUGUCUACCACACCAUUGGAUUGAUGAAGAUGACGAGGCAUCAGGUGGAGACAUGGUCGACAGACCCGAAUCAGUACAUCUCCGACGAGGACGACCUGACCUUCAGUUGCAGAGUCUCUGGGGCCAUGCUGCUGGAGGAGGUUGUCGCUGCUUUCGACACCAAAGGAGUCUCAGCGAUCCAACUAGCAGUCCAGAAGAGGCUUGUGGAGGCAGCUGCGGCAAGGAGUGCUGGGAAUGCUGAGUGGUGGAAGAUGAGGGAGGCUGCCAUUCUCGCGAUAGGCACUGUGUCUGAAGCGCUCCUGGACCCGCCAAAGGGAAGUAAGGGGUCCAGCACUGGACGCCACGCUGUCCUCGCUCUGUUGGAGAGCCUUCUGUACGAGGAUCUCGGCAACGAUGGCACAUCUUGCCCUUUCCUCCGCGGGCGAGCGCUGUGGGCGGCAUCACGACUCUCCACUGCUGUCCCUGGAAACAAUGUAGUUCCUUACCUUGAGGCAGCUGUACGGGGCUUGGGGCACGGGAAUCCGGUGCCAAUCAUGGUUGGUGCCUGCAGGGCACUCUCUCAGUUCUGCCCAAAGAUCGGUCCCGAGACCCUUCGCCCGUGUCUGCCUGCCAUCUAUCAUGGGGUUGGAAGCCUUCUGCAGCAGGCGACAGAGGAAACACUGCAUUUGGUCCUGGAGACUCUGCUUGUGGCUGUGAAAGCAGAUUCCGCAACGGCAGCGGCCAUGGAGCCCUCUGUGUCACCCGCCGUUCUCAAUAUCUGGGCCGCUCACAUUACAGAUCCGCUGAUCUCCGUCGACGCCAGCGACGUUAUCGAGGCCAUUGCAGAUAUUCCCGAGUGUGUCGAAUCGCUGCUCGUGAAUGCACUGCCUGCACUUUCACGCGUCCUGUCGACGAACACUGACCAGCAGACGUCGGGGAUCAUUGAGGGUGCCUUGGACAUGCUUACCAUGUUCUUGAACAAGGCACCCCCGCAUAUGGUGCGCAACAUGCACGAUUCCUGUUUCAAUGGCGUCGUAUUUCUGGCGAUGAAGAGCGAAGACAACGGUGAACUGCAGUCGGCAGCGGAGUGUCUGGCAGGCUUCCUGCGGGCGGCAGGUCCGUCGAUCCUAGAGUGGAGUGCAGCUGGGCCAGAAGCAGCUCUGAAGGGGCUGCUGGAUGUCUGUGCUAGGCUGUUGUCGCCAGACCUGGACGCGUCUGGCUCCCUGUAUGUGGGCAGCCUGCUCGUCCAGAUGCUCCGCCAGUUUCCGGGCUUGAUGGCCCCCCAUGUACAGAAUCUCGUAAGAGCAUUGGUUGUCCGAAUGUCGAAUGGAAGCACUCCCAAUUUGGAAGCGGAGCUUAUCCUCGUGUUUGCCCGACUCGUCCACAUGAGUGUCCCGAAUGUCAGUCAAUUUCUUGACCUGCUUAGUUCGGUACCUGUCGAUGGGCAUGGGAAUGCUCUUCCCUUCGUCCUGUCGCAUUGGGUAGAACACGAAGACCUCGUCGAAGGGGACUAUCAGAUGAAGGUAUCUUCGACCGCACUGGCGCUUAUCCUUGCGUCGUGUGAUCCUAGGUUGGCUCUUGUGAAGGUCAAGGGUCAGAUGCUGAGGAGCGCAGAAGGAAGCGGCAUGGUCACGCGGUCGCGGUCGCGGUCGAAGCCUGUCGAGUGGACGAGCAUGUCACUUCCUGCAAAGAUUCUGGGCAUUCUGGCAGAUGUCAUGAGUGGGGCACAGGAGGGGCCAGGUAUCGCAAUGAUCGAGGAAGAGGAGGAGGAGUGGGAAGAGGCUGAGGAUGAGGAUGAGCUAGAAGAUAAUGAAGAUGCCGAAGACAUUGAAACGGAUGGUGCAGCUGACGCAGGUGCUGAAACCGGCAAAUCGGUUUUCCAACCCGCCGAAGGGAUCGAGGGACUGUCAGAGGACGACCUCGAGGAUGGAGAUUACAGGGAAGACCCAGAUGCUGCCAGUGAUCCAAUUAACAAGAUUGACCUGGGGGUGUACCUGAAGGAAGUUGUCGAUCAAUUUGCUUCUAAGGACAAGCACGCGUUUGCCGAGCUUUGUAAGGAACUCACAGAGGAGCAAAAGGCGGUUGUGUGGGGGACAGCGGCUUUGAUGGUGGCUGCAUGAAUUCGAGUCGAUAGAGCGCACUAUGUACGAAGCCAGGAGAAGUCUCAUGCUGAGAACUGAAUGGUGUAGCCUUAUGAAAGGGGUAGAUGUGGCCAUCAUGUGGGCAAGUUACGAAAGAAUUUGCGAGUGGUCGUGGACGGGAUUGAAAAAUUGAUUGGCUAAUAAGCAGCAGGGCUCGUCUGGGAGGUGAGGAGGGCAUGGAAGUGGAGGGAUGGGUAGAAGUGGAUGGUAGGUAGGAGGGCAUUUAUCAGCCUUCACUUUUUUUGGCAUACGUGGGAGUGAUUUUGUAGGGGUAGGGGUUGGUUAAUUGCCCCAUGCUACAUCGAGGGAGGUGUGUGGUUUCCUGGAAGUGAUUUUGUAUGAGGGAGGGGUAAGGUUUCCUUGCGAUCAAUUUUGAUUCAUUGCAUUUGUCUGGAUGCGGGAAAAGUGAGGUUUAAAUUUUGGUUCUGGAAGAGAUCAGGGUUUAUAGCGGCGGCGACGUGUAGUGUGAACAACGGGGCAAAUUUAACGGCCUAUCGGUGUGUUUGCGCAGGUUCUGAAGAGGGAGCUAACAAGUAGAUGUACAGGCAGAUAAGGUUUGAUAAGUGACACACAGGUUUGCGGUUAACUAGGUAGGUCUAUGGUUAACUAGCUGGUUAACUAGGUGGUGUAUCUGUCUAUCAGCUUUGUAGAUAGCUGGAGCUAUUAGCCUUCAUGAGAGAGAGAGAGAGAGAGAGAGAGAGAGAGAGAGAGAGAGAGAGAGAGAGAGAGAGAGAGAGAGAGAGAGAGAGGGAGGGAGGAGAGAGAGAGAGAGAGAGAGAGAGAGAGAGAGAGAGAGAGAGAGAGAGUUCUUUGAUUGGAUGAAGUUGAAUUGGAAAGAGUUCAGGCAGGGGAGAGUAUCCUUGAUCAAGAGAGAGAGAGAGAGAGAGAGAGAGAGAGAGAGAGAGAGAGAGAGAGAGAGAGAGGGGAUUAGUUCGCUCUUUGAUUGGCAGAAACCGAAGUGGAAACUUCAGGGAGGGGAGAGUAUCAUUGAUCAAGGGGGAAAAAAAAGGAAAAAAGGGUUAUCUUCGAUUUCUUUUGGAGAGGAGAAAUAAGGCGAAGGCCUGGUGAAUAAGGGUACACUCACUGGAGGGACUUUUUCAACUCAGCUCUGGCUCUAAAGUAUGGUGGCGGGUCGUAACUGUGGCCAGAUACAUCCAGGAAACUGCGCUGUUAUAAGUGGGGCUGGUCCUUUUGGAUGAAUAAUAGGAUUUGCCCAAUUAUGAAUGAGAUGUGCAGGGCUUU